AUGCACUCCCACUCGGGCCAGUUCUGCCCCGGCCACGCCGAGGACCAGCUCGAGGACAUCAUCCUCCACGCCAUCAAGGUCGGCUACAAGACCAUCGGCCUCACCGAGCACAUGCCGCGCACCCAUCUCCUCCCCACCCCCGAAAUCUCCCUCAUGGCCCUCGCCCCGCGACACGCAGCCUACCUCGCCGAAGCGCGCCGCCUGCAAGCAUAUUACGCCCCACAAAUCCACAUCCUCAUCGCCUUCGAAGGCGAAUGGAUCCGGCCCGCCUACGGGCCCCUCAUCCGCUCCCUCGACCGCCCACCCCGGCCGUCGACUACUUCAUCGGCUCGAUCCACCACGUCGCGCGGCGUGCCCAUCGACUAUGACGACUCUACCUUAUGCGAGGGCGGUGGCGGUUUGUGGUGUCGGGUGCCGGGGAGGGAGUUGAAGGGCGGGGAGUGGCCCGGGGUGUGGGAGAGGGUGGUGCGGAAUUUGGAGUUUGUGAAGGGGUAUGGUGGGUGGUUGGAGUGUAAUACGAGCGGGCUGCGCAAGAAGCUCCCCGAGCCGUAUCCGAAGAGGGAGAUUGCCGAGGAGUGGACGCGCAUGGGCGGGAGGUGGACGUUUGGCGAUGAUAGCCAUGGGAUUGCGCAGGUUGGGACGAACUACUGGAAGGGGUUGGGGUAUUUGGAGAGUUUGGGGGUCAGGGAACUGUGGACGUUGGAGAGGAGGCCGGUGGCGGGGGCGGAUGGAGGAGUGGAACUGGUUGAGAAGGCAGUGCCGAUUGAGGAGUUUCGGGCGAGUUUGAAGUUGGAAUAG